AUGGCCGACAAUGUUGCUGCAGUCCUACAUGGGGCCUAUGAUAUUAGAAUUGAAAAUAUUCCAACGCCCGAAAUCAACGAUGACGAGGUGCUGGUUAACAUGGACUGCGUGGGUAUCUGUGGGUCUGACGUGAAGCUCUAUACCACGGGGGCCUGUGGCAUGGAGAUAAUUUCUGAACCAGUUGUCAUUGGUCAUGAAGGUGCUGGUGUUGUGCUCAAAAUAGGCUCGAAGGUGUCAUCUUUAGCAGUAGGCGACCGCGUGGCCAUAGAGCCGACACAGCCGUGUCGCGCGUGCGAGUACUGCAAGGUGGGGCGCUACAACCUGUGCGUGGCGCCGCGCUACUGCUCCACUACCGGCGCGCCAGGCAACCUCUGCCGGUACUACAAGCAUGUCGCCGACUUCUGCCACAAAAUGCCAGACAACCUGAGCAUGGAGGAAGGCGCAGCAGUUCAACCACUGGCCAUAGCGAUGCACGCGUGCAACCGCGCGGGGAUACGACUGGGACAGCGCGUGCUCAUACUCGGCGGCGGACCUAUUGGGAUACUGUGCGCUAUGACUGCGCGGGCCAUGGGCGCUAGCACCAUACUCAUCACUGACGUGGUUCAGUCUCGCCUAGACAAGGCACGCGAGUUGGGUGCAGACUAUACAUUACUGGUGAAGCGUGACUACAGUGACGAGGAGGUGGUGGACGGAGUAGUGUCACAGCUGGGCUGCCAGCCUGACGUCACCAUCGACGCGUGUGGAUACGCCUCCGCGCAGAGAGUCGCUAUGAUGGUGACUAAGACAGGGGGUGUCAUCCUAGUAGUAGGCAUAGCAGACAACAAGGUGGAGGUUCCACUGUCGCAAGCGUUACUGCGAGAGGUCGACGUUAGAGGCUCAUUCAGGAUUGUUAACACAUAUCCGCCAGCGCUCGCAGCAGUGUCGUCAGGUGCCAUCGACCUGAAGAAGUUCAUCACCCACCACUACCCGCUGCAGAGCUCCAAGGAAGCGCUCGAACUCGCCAAAUCAGGGGACGCCAUGAAAAUUAUUAUACAUGUACAACAGUUAUCGUAUUUUAUUUCAUACCACAACGCUGUUAAAAAUAGUUACAACAAUUAG